AUCGUAUCCCUUGUAUUUCAAUGUCCAGAGUGCAGAUGGCCUCUGAGAUAGCUGGCGUUGGGGCUGGUGCCCCCAGUCCUUCGGAAUCCUCUACUUUAUGUGCUUCCAAGACAGAUGAUGCUCUCCCAGAUGGCCUAAGCCCCAAAGACCCUGCCCAGAAACAGAAGAACUCAUCUCCACCGAGUGUAAGUAGCCCAAUGAUAACCAAGGAGAGUAACAGAAAUGCCCAUUUGGAACACCCAGAGCAGAAUCCUGGUUCAUCAGCGAGUGAUACCUCAGCAGCGCACCAGGAGGCUUUAGGAGGAAACUCGGUAGCCACAGCCCUUUGUCUUUCUGGCAGUGGGUCUCAGUCUGAUUUGAAGGACUUGACCAGCCCGGCAGGAGAGGAGGGGGACACAAGCCUCCGGGAGAGCCUUCAUCCAGUCACUCGGUCUCUUAAGGCAGGGUGCCACUCAAAACAACUUGCCUCCAGGAAUUGCUCUGAAGAGAGAGCCCCAGCAGCCUCCAUCCUAAAGGAAGGUAGCAGGGAUGCAGGCUUGGAUUUCCGACCUGUAGUGCCUCCUGCAAAUGGGGUUGAAGGAGUCAGAGUGGAUCAGGAUGAUGAUCAGGAUAGCUCUUCCCCGAAGCUUUCUCAGAACAUUGCUGUACAGACUGACUUUAAGACAGCAGAUUCAGAGGUAAACACAGAUCAAGAUAUUGAAAAGAAUCUGGACAAAAUGAUGACAGAGAGAACCCUGUUGAAGGAACGUUAUCAAGAAGUACUGGACAAGCAGAGGCAGGUGGAGAAUCAGCUUCAAGUGCAAUUAAAGCAGCUUCAGCAAAGGAGAGAAGAAGAAAUGAAGAAUCACCAGGAGAUACUAAAGGCAAUUCAGGAUGUGACCUUAAAGCGGGAAGAAACCAAGAAGAAGAUAGAGAAAGAAAAGAAGGAGUUCUUGCAAAAGGAGCAGGACCUGAAAGCAGAAAUUGAGAAGCUCUGUGAGAAGGGCAGAAGAGAGGUGUGGGAAAUGGAACUGGAUAGACUCAAGACUCAGGAUGGUGAAAUCAAUCGGAAUAUUAUGGAAGAGACAGAGCGGGCCUGGAAGGCUGAGAUCCUGUCACUGGAGAGCCGGAAGGAGUUGCUGGUGUUGAAACUGGAAGAAGCAGAGAAAGAAGCAGAGCUGCAUCUGACUUACCUCAAGUCAACUCCUCCAACACUGGAGACAGUUCGUUCCAAACAGGAGUGGGAGACAAGACUGAAUGGAGUUCGGAUAAUGAAAAAGAAUGUUCGGGACCAGUUUAACAGUCACAUCCAGCUAGUGAGGAAUGGAGCCAAGCUAAGCAGCCUUCCUCAGAUCCCUACCCCGACUUUGCCUCCACCUCCCUCAGAGGCAGAUUUCAUGCUUCAAGUAUUUCAGCCCAGUCCCUCUCUGGCCCCUCGGAUGCCCUUCUCUAUUGGGCAGGUCACAAUGCCUAUGGUUAUGCCCAGUGCAGAUCCUCGUUCUUUGUCUUUUCCAAUCUUGAACCCUGCCCUUUCCCAGUCCAACCAACCAUCCCCGCCUCUUCCUGGCUCACAUGGGAGAAAUAGCCCUGGCUUGGGGUCUCUGGUCAGCCCUCAUGGUCCACACAUGCCUCCUGCUGCCUCCAUCCCGCCUCCCCCAGGCUUGGGCGGUAUUAAAGCUUCUACUGAAACUCCCCGGCCCCAACCAGUAGACAAACUGGAGAAGAUCCUGGAGAAGCUGCUGACUCGGUUCCCACAGUGCAAUAAGGCCCAGAUGACCAACAUUCUUCAGCAGAUCAAGACAGCACGUACCACCAUGGCAGGCCUGACCAUGGAGGAAUUAAUCCAGCUGGUAGCUGCACGGCUGGCAGAGCAUGAACGGGUGGCAGGUACUCAGGUAAGAGGAGCUACAGGGAGAGAAUUUAGAUCUACAGAGAGGUUGAGGAAGAAGCCAACUUCAGAAAAACUGGGAGAAGCAUCAGAGCAAAGGGUAUCUGGUUUGUUCUUUUCAUUGUUAAAGUGAGUGAUUGUGUGUGUG